AUGAUAGGGAUGCUCCUCGCCACCUUCACGUUGACGGCCGCGCCACGGCUUGCCGCCGCCGGCGCCCUUACGCGCGCCGCUGUUCGCCUGAGCGCGAUCGCGCUCGAGGAGCGGGGUCUGCCGUACGAGCGGUGCGCGGUCAACCUGGCGGAGAAGCCCGCCAACUUCACGCAAGUCUACUCAAAAGCCGUCGCUUUCUCGCCCCACCCGACGCUCUCCAGAGCUAAGGUGCCUAUCCUCGAGGAGCUCGGCGGAGGGGUUCCGCCUCUUGUGGAGAGCCUCGUCAUCUGUGAGUACCUCGAGGACCGCUGGCCCGCCUCGGAGGCGCGCUCGGCGCAGCGGCGUGCGGCAUGCCGAUUGUUCGUCGACCGGUACUCGGCCGCCAUGCCCUACAUGCCGCUUCUGCGCGCUGAGGAAGGCAGCGAGGCGGAGGCCGAGGCGCGGCGCGCGCUCGAGGAGGGCAUGCGGGCGGUCGACGCCUUUCUCUGCGAGUACGCAGACGGCGACGGGCCCUUCUUUUUCGGCGAGAGCUUCUCGCUGGCCGAGGAGGCGUGCGCUCCGUUCGCGCUGCGCCUGAUGCGCGUGCUGCCGGCAUUGCGGCCGCAGCACGAUCCCGCUUCGAUGCUCGAGGCCCUGGGCCUGGCUCGGCUGGCGACGUGGCUCGAUGCGGUGGUGCAGCGGCCGAGCGUGACGUCGACGGCGCCACCGGCGAGCGACAUGGUUGCCGCCUCCAAGCUCCUGCUCGAGCGGAUGAAGGGCGCGGCAAAGUAA